GGCAGUCACAACGCGACUGCUCGAAGAGUCGGGCCGGCCGCCUGUCGAAACGUACGAGAAGACUACGCACGCAAGCACGCACGCACGCACGCACGCACAGGCCUCCCACGCGCUAGUCGUUGUUGACUAUCGUCGCACGAGUUUACACACGAGCUCCCUGAAACAGAGUGCUACGCUACCGGCUAUCGCGCGAGUGCACCAAACGACGAACAAACGACCGCGAGUGCGUUCAGAUUAAAUACAGGAUUGCACCAGAGUGCGCGGUUCUACGAGCUAAAAAAAAAACAAGGAUCGUUUCAUCAAUGUCUCGCAACCGCGGGGCGUACAUGUGUGCAUGGAAGAGGAAAACGAUCGCGCCACCGGUAGAAACGAAGGAGAACGAGGCGGAGGUGGAAGGCCAGGUUGCCUCCGCCAACAACGGCGCCGAGGCCGUUGAAAAAAUGUCCAGCACUGCGGAAAGUCCCGAUGGGAUGGCUUUUCAAUCACACUUCUCCCUUCGAUGGAACAAUCAUCAAGCUCAUAUACUUCAGUCCUUCGAAGCUCUUUUGCACCAGGAGGAGUUCGUCGACGUUACCUUGGUUUGCGCCGACACUAGUUACAGGGCUCACAAGGUCGUCCUCAGCGCUUGCAGCCCCUUCUUCGAGAAAAUAUUCGCGGCCCAUCCGUGCAAGCAUCCGGUGAUUGUACUCAAGGAUUUUCCCGGUUCGGAAAUCUCGGCAUUGAUCGACUUUAUGUAUCGCGGAGAAGUGCAAGUCAGUCGAGAAGAAUUGCCGGGGUUGAUAAAAGCGGCGGAUAAUCUGCAGAUUCGAGGAUUGACCUCGACGGAACUAAGGGAAGCAUCACCGUCGGAUACCCAAAUGGCCGAUUUCAAUUUCGGUGAGCCAUCUACGCCGGAGGAGGCUAGGCAGGAUACUCCCGAAGAGGAGGACAAUGCAUCGGAAAUAGAAACGAUCGCGACGUCCAAACGAACGAUCUACCACCCUUCGGGGGACCAUCGCGAUAGAUUACCGCACAUGACUCAUUUGAACUUCGGUGUACGGGACCUAAGAGAAACCUGUAGUUCCCCGUUGAUGCCGCGCAGAAAGCAAGCACGACCACGGCGAAGAUCUGGGGAAUUGGUACCACAAGACUUGAGCCGACCUCAUCCACCGCGAAGUCUAAGUCCACCGUUUACCUCUUUGAACCUUUCGAAUAAUCACCAACAACACCAGAAUCAGCAGCUAAAUCAGCACCAUUUGCAACUUUCCGCGAGCGCUUCGAAUCAACAACAAGAACAGGAGGAAAUGGCGGAGAAUUUAUCGAUAAAGAGAACCCUCUCGCCGAUUGGUCAAGAACAACUGCAUCAACAAUAUCAUCAUAUUAAUCAACAAUUACAUCAGGUUAAAACCGAAAGUAGCGAAACAGCGAGUAGUCCACGGGGUUCGCCGCUUACCGGCACGAGUCUUCUCCAUCCCGACGGUUCUUUUCAAGAUAUUCCAUCGGUGGCGGCCGCGGCCGUCGUCGGUAUACCUGCCAUGUCGGCCGCGUUAUCCUUGACGUCGCCCCAUCAUCACAGCGAGUACCUGACGAGUAUGGGCCAAUUAGCGGUACGUUGGCUUCCGAAUCAUCCCCAGAGCCAACUACCACCGCCGCCAACGCAAAGUCAUCAUUCGCGGCCCGAUAGUCCGCUUGGCACCGCUAGAACUUCUCACACCUAUCAACAACAACAGCAACAACAACAGCAACAGCAGCAACAACAACAACAACAACAACAACAACAGCAGCAGCAGCAGCAACAACAACAACAACAACAACAGCAACAAGAAUCAUCGCGACGAGGUUCGAUUGCAUCGAUGUUUCCUCUCGAUACCGUUGCUUCUUUGAGCGGGCUCUUUUCUCCUGGCGCCGGAAUCGACAGGGGAUCACUUUUAGCGGAUCUUCACGAUGGCUUAAAGCCGGAACAGUUGCACGGAUUGUUCGUUCCGGCCGCCUUAACGAGUCAUCCACCUAGCAAGAAGAGGAAGCUCAGAGCCGAGGGCGAUCCACCCAGAAGGUGGACCGAUCAAGGAGGACGCAACGUGCCCGUUGGCAGACCCAAGGGUCAACACAGCGCACCACGGGGCGGUCCACCGAGGUCUUGGACGAAUGCCGAGCUGACCGAAGCGCUUCAACACGUGUGGAACAAGAAAAUGACGACGUCCCAGGCAAGCCGGAUAUUCGGCAUACCGUACAACAGUUUGUUGAUGUACGUGCGCGGUAAAUACGGGAAAAGUUUGAAGCUUGAGCAAUUGAGAAGAGAUUGCACCGGUGCGACUACCGGCGACGCAGUCAUGAAUUCUUUGAACAAUAACGUGAAAACCGUUCAACAACCACCGGCGCAACUGGGCCAUCCGCUCGUCGGCCUUCCACCCCAUCCAGCCGACGACAGUGGAUUUCCGCAUCACUCGCUUCUCGGCUCUAACCUUUCUCAAGCUUAUUACCCGGAUUUCGCUAGCGCGACCUUCCCCGUGCCGGUUAACAUGAUACAUCUUUUACCUCCGAGCGAGCAGAAGGUUUACGAGCACCCCGGAAGCAGUAACAACAAUGUCAGCGUAGGCGGCAAUGGAAGUUCUGGUACCACUGGCAAUGGUAACACCGCGGGAACUUCUGGUACUGUUGCUGCUGCUGCUGCUGCUGCUGGUGUUGCUGUUGCUGCUGCUGCCGCUGCUGCCGCUGCUGCUGCUGCUGCUUCUUCGAAUGCUCCGGAACACGAAUCAUCCCAUGGCAGUCGGACCCCCUCGCCGGAGGACCAUCACCACCACAAUCGCCAUCGCCAUCAUCAUCAUCGUUAUCAUCACGAAUCGUUGCAACCUCAACCUUCGCAAUCGGCACCGGCGUUGCUUCAACAAAAUGGCUCGGAUUAGUGGGCAUCAAUUUAUGCGAAAAGUGAAAAAGGGGGAGAGAGAGAGAGAGAGAAUGGGACGAAGAAAAAAGGACUGGGCAAACGAGCGAGCGGAAGGAAGGAAAAUAAUGAAAAAGACAAAAGACUGGAUCUAUAUCGAUCGUAAUUGUUAUCUUCCUUUAAGAAUCAUAGAACACAUUUGAUCGUCCGAAAAAGCAUUUUAAUACCCUUCCUUCGCACAUUCGUUGCCUCGUUCAUUCGAAUACAUAUUUACGUUUUCGCGCGGUCGUAUUUAUACGUGAAACAUUCGAGUUUCUCCGACGAAAGUUAUAUCUUCUGCAAGACUGAAUCGACCGACCAAUGCUCGCGAUCCCUUCCCCCCCCCCCACCACCACCACCACCACACCGGAUCAUUGAUUCGACAAGCGUUCUCUCUGCUCAAAUCGUAUUUUCUUUUCUCCUUUAUAUUUAUCAUAUUAAUGUUUCUUUUUUCCGAUUUUCAUUAUUCAUCCUGAUGAGUUAUAAAUCGUGAUAAAUUAACGCAUUACGUUUCCAUUUUUAUACGCUUACAAACUAAAUGCUAAGGAGAAUACUGUUUCUUAGGAAAGCUAUCUCAUUUUCUUUUCAAGUAUACAAACUUUUAACGACGUCAAUUGUUUCUUUUAUUAUCAUUUAUUAUACGAACGUAGUAUUAAUACUUUGUUCAUAUAAUAAAUGGUCGAGUAUUGAUUAAAAAAAAAACAUCUUUUUCGUUCGAUAUUUAUUUCAAUGACAAUUGAACAAAAUAAGUUGUUUUUUAACGAACAUAGUAUUCAAGGAUCGAUAUAUGUGUGUAUACGUUUGCGUACAAAUGACCGCGUAUAUGAUACUUUUGUUCGUCAUUUAUUUGAUCUAUUAGUGUGUCACCACUGACUGCGAGUGAGAAAAUAAAAUUUGAGCAGUUCGAGAUCGUUCAAAGUGUCGUUCGAGAAGCAAGUUCGACAGAGGGAAGAGGACAAAUGCACACGGCUUGCAUCUCUUCUCCGGUUGACAUAAUAUAAAAAGAAAACAUUUUAUGUAGGCGUAACAAGCGCCCAGAUCGUUUUUCAUAUGGUGCGAAUUUCGAAAGAAACGACGAAUUUUAAUCGUAGACCACAAUCUCGUAACAAUAUUUCGACAACCAGACGGAAGCGCAGGGUAACUAACACAUCAGGGAUAGCCACUGACAAAUCUACGAUAGAUAAAAAAGAAGCUACAUAUUAAAGUGUAAAGGUUAAAAAUAAUUACAUAAAGCUAUAAUACAUACGAUUAUUUCAUUAAAGUACUAAAGAAAGGAAAAUACACAAAUAUGGCUCGAGAGCGGCAAGGAACAAUGGGAAAAAUUCGUUACGUCGAACCUUGCUACACGAAGCGAGGGCAAGAUGCAUAUAUUA